ACUGCCACCAACUGUUUGAAGUCCUUCCCAGAAAAUGACGACAACCCGCAUGGCCACCUCUGUAUCUUGCCCAAAUCGUCUUCGAUCUCUUCACCAGUAUAAACUUAACCAACCCACAGAGAGAGAGAGAGAGAGAGAGAGAAGGGACUUGAAACUCUGAAACUAUCUAAACGUCUGAGAUAGAGUAGCACUGUAGCAGGGAGAUUGUGAAAGGGAGGGGAGUCCCAACUUUAUUUCCUGAAAAAAUCUCCUCUUCUUCGAGUUUGCUUGUCAUCUUCUCAAAAUUUUUUUUCACGUUCCUUUGCUGUCCAGUAAGCAAAUAUAAUCUCAAACAUAGUUUUAUCAACAACAAUUUGGAGUGGAAAUUGUUGCGUUUCGAAGAUGUACCAGGAUGCGCCUUUAGCCCCAUUAUUAUCUUACUACGAUUCUUCGAAGUUGGAAGGAUGCGCAGAAAAUGAUGCAUCAUUAGGUGUCGAUGAACAAAAUUCUCAACACUUCCGACUCAGUCUUUCAGAGGUCGCUGAAGAGAUCAAACAGCUAUACAUCAUAGCCAUUCCAAUGAUAAUCACAGGCCUCUUCAUCUACGGUAAAUCUGUAAUAUCAAUGUUCUUCAUGGGGAAAUUAGGGAAGGAGGCAUUAGCUGGUGGCUCUCUCGCAAUCAGCGUAGCUAACAUCUCCGGUUACUCUGUCAUUUCCGGCCUAGCGCUGGGCAUGGAAGGGAUAUCUUCCCAAGCCUGCGGGGCCAAGCAAUGGCCUCUCAUGGCUCAUACCCUCCAGCGCACAAUCAUUAUGCUCAGUUUAGUCUGCAUGCCCAUUUCAUUAUUGUGGCUGAACUUUGAACCCAUCCUUGUCUUCUGUGGCCAAAACCCGACCAUUUCAUCCAUUGCCAGUACCUAUCUCGCAUUUUCUCUCCCAGACCUCCUCUUCCAGUCCCUCAUCAACCCUCUCAAAAUCUACCUCAGAACCCAAAAUAUAACACUCCCUCUCAUGCUUAGCGCCGCUUUCUCUCUCACUCUUCACGCACCAAUUAACUUUUUCAUCGUCCAUAAUCUUAAUCUCGGCAUCCGGAGCAUUGCCUUGGCCGGCGCCUUAACAGACCUAAAUCUCCUUGUCAUGCUUUUGCUUUACAUACGCAUUUCUGGUACUUGUAAGCAAUCAUGGCAAGGCUGGUCAUGCCAAUGCUUCAAGGAUUGGAAACCAAUUCUCGGCCAAGCCAUCCCUAGUUGUAUCUCCUUGUGCUUAGAGUGGUGGUGGUACGAGAUAAUUAUACUACUUUCAGGGCUCCUCGCAAACGCCACCGAGGCAGUGGCCACCAUGGGAAUUCUUAUACAGGCAACUGCAUUAGUUUACAACUUCCCAAUUGCAUUGAACCAAGCCGUGUCAACGCGGGUUGGCAAUGAGCUAGGCGCAAACCGACCUAAUAAAGCGAAGAAAUCGUCCAUUGUUGCACUCUCAUUUGCCAUUCUCACCGGCCUCAAGGCCAUGCUGUUCAUGAUGACCAUGAGAAACGCUUGGGGUAGGAUUUUCACCACCGAUGAAGAGAUACUGUCAUUGACGGCGGUGGCAAUGCAGGUGGUGGGACUCUGUGAACUCGGGAACUGCCCGCAGACCACAGUUUGUGGGGUGCUGAGGGGCAGUGCAAGGCCAAGUUUGGGAGCAAACAUCAACCUGGUGUCUUUCUACGGCUUCGGAUUGCCGGUGGCAAUUUUCAUGGGCUUCGUGAUGGACAUGGGAUUGUUAGGCCUUUGGUUCGGCUUGCUAGCUGCCCAGGCUGUGUGUGCUGCUGUAAUGGUGGUUGUGUUGAUGAGAACAGAUUGGCCACUACAAGUAGACAGAGCCAAAGAACUCACUGGUACUUGUGUGGUGGAAGCACGUAGUCAUAAUGAAGGUGAUCACCUUAACGGCUUACUAUCAGUCGUGCUCUUAAAUUAGGAUUAGCGCUCAAAGGUUCACAGUAAAUUAAGUUAUAGACCAUAGGCCGAUUGAAGAGAGAGAGAGAGAGAGCUCAUAUAUAGUUGGUCCUUUUUUUUUAGUCGUGUGUUUACUGAUCCCCAGCACUUAAGAGUUUUGUAAAUUUGAAGUUCCUUUAAUUUGAAUGAGUUUUAUAUAAUUACGA